AUGGCCGUCGCAGCCAUCAUGCCUCCCUCCAUGCCGUCCUCCAAGAAGCGAUGUUGGAAUCUGCUCGUGAAGGACGUCAGGAACAACGCCCAGGAGGCCGAGGUGCUCUCCUCCUUCCGGAAGAGGUACACAUCGACCCGAAAGCUGGCCUUCCGGCCUGUCGCCGACUACGCCGGCGGCUCGACAUCAACCUCCAACCCUCCUCCUCCCCCCACCGACAACAACGACAACACCGACAACACCACCACCACCACCACCGCCACCACCACCAUCACACAGGGCGGCAGAGCCUGCAUCGAGAUCCAGUUCACCGGCCCGCAGCCCAUCGAGGGCCCCGCAGGCCUGAUGUGCAACCUUCUCCAGGCGACGUUCGUCUCGGCGCACCCCGUUCAGCUCGACCGGGGCCGCAAGAGGAAGACCCGGCCCGGCGGCGGCGGCGGCGGCGGCGGUCGUCCCCCCUCCUCCUUGGCCUCCUCCACACCUCCCUUGGCGGAAACAAGCGAAGAGGACGAUGACAUGGUCGUCAGCGACGACGACAUCUGCACGGCGUUCGGCGGAGCGUUCGGGGGCGAGGGGGGCCUGAUUCUCGGAGAAGGCGGCGGCGGCGGCGGCGGCAGCCUCUCAGCCCCGGUCCCCGCCACCACCGCCGACUUCCCGGCGUCAUCGGCGUCGCCGCCGCCGUGUCUGGGCCGCUCCUGCAGCGUCAUGACUGCCGAGGGCAACGACCUCCCCAGCAUCGACGAGGCGGAUGCGAGCGGUGACCGGCUGCCUGCGGCGGCGGCGGCGGCGCCGCCGCCGCCUUUCGGGGCAAGACCUGCCUCUGGUGACACCGACGACCCCGCGCCUUCCUCUGCCUCUUGCCCAGGCCUGGCCCGCGGCACCAGCUACGACGAGUGCAGAGCGGGCUUCAUGUCUCAAGAAGAAGCGGUCUCGCUAUUCGCCGCCACUGGUGCAGCCACGGCAGAAGCCAAACCACCGGCCUCCACUGCCGCCGCUGCCGCCGGAGACGACCAGUGGGAGCGCGCGCCCGGCGACGACCCGGACGGGCCGUUCUGCCCGCUCGCUCUGGAACGCCACUGUUCGUCGACUUGGGCGCUGCUUGACCCAACCCACGCCGGCGCUCCUGCUGCGGCGGUGACGGUGGCCGGGGAGGAAGGCGCUCCCGACCACCGGCGUGCCAGCAUAGUCCCCGACCCGUGUCUAGCGGCGGAGUCGUCGUUGGAGGAGCAGCAGCAGCCGACCAUGUGGUACGGCGAGGGACCUCACCACCCCGCCGUCCCCGCCGGAGGCGGACUCGAGCUGCCGCCAGCCGGGGACACGAUAGCGUUUGGUUGGUGCGAGCAGGAAUGUGACUUCGAUGGGAACUACGCCGCGAGGCCUUCCAAGACCGCCCGGGUACUUCCGCCUACCGCGGCGACAUCUUUCUUCCCAGAUCCAUCGGCGGUGGCGGUGGCGGCGGUGGCGGCGGCGGCGGCGGCGGCGGCCUGUACGUCCUCUCCCUCCUCGAACUCCCUCAACAACCGGUGCCGGUUCGCCUUCUUGGGCCUCGAGAGCGAGAUCCGCGAUUUCACCGUGUGCGCGCGGUUCUCCGUCGACCCGGCGUCAAGGGUGGAACGGUUCGCGAGCUUGCCCUUAGAUGGGGCAGCCGGUGGCGGUGGCGGUGGCGGCGGCGACCCUGCCGGAGCCGUUGGUGGAAGACGGGGUCGAGUGGACGCGGCGGUAGAGUUCCCCAGCAUCAUGGAGAUCUGGCCGGAGGUGUACAAAGUGGACAACAUUCGCGUCAUGGAGGUGGAUAUGGUCGUGGAAGUUCGAUCGUCAGACGGGAAUAUCUUGUACACCGGGCCAACGCUCAAGAUAACCUACCGGCGUUCCGCAGCGCGAACGUCCGCUCCGACGGAUGCCGCUGCCGCUGCCGCCCUAAUGACCUGACGGGAGACUCUCGCGGAGAAGGUCGUUGUUCCUAUCAGACGGAAAAAAUCUUCGUCCAAGGCGGGUCUUCCGUUUCAACACAUGCUCUGCCUGUGUAUGUAGAGUGCCUCCGGAGGGGGAGAAGCCGUGGUGCGGGCGUCCCUGCUUCUGUGUGUGUGUGCCUGUGUGCUGCACAGACGCGAGGGAGGGAAGGAGCCCCGUCGGGAGGGGCGAGAGCUUCGCUCGCUCUCUUGCGAUCCCGAAAACUGGAGUUUGCGACCCUGUUCCGGUCCACAGCAGCAGUCCUCCGUGGACAUGGGAAGCCGCGGUCUUUAAAGGGGUACUUUUCUUGAGCGUUUAUUUUAUCGGGUAGUCUUUGUGCUUGUCUUUCUUGAGUAGGUCUUCUGCUGGUGCUGCUGGUGUUACUGCUGUUGUUGUUGUACUUUCUGCGCAAUAGUUGCUGCACACGCGGGGUGCUUUGUCCGUGCUUUUGGGGUCCGUUAGCCCCCAUCGUGAACGUGUUUUCUGCAUAAUUGUUGUUGUUGUGCAAUG